ACAAAGUUUCCUGAGUAAGAAAUAACAUCUGUAACUGAAAUGCUGUUUCUGCAAAUUCCAUUGCUAGCAGUUCUCCUCGCAGCUGGUGACACUGAAGAUGCCUUCCAGGAGGAGAUUGGCUUCAAAAUUACCCACAGCUUAUCCUUCUACAACCGUUCCUGGGUGAAAAUUCAGAACUCUGCUUGGCUGGGUGACUUGCAGACUCAUGGCUGGGACACCAACUCUGGCAGAAUUAUUUUCCUGCGUCCUUGGUCCAAGGGCAACUUGAGCAAAAAAGAGAUAAAAGAACUGGAAGAAUUCCUCCGUGCGUUCUCCAUUGAAAUGCCGCACAAACUUCACAGACAUGCCAGUGAAUGGAAGUUUAAAUAUCCCUUUGAAAUUCAGAUAACAAAGGGCUGUGAGCUGCACCCUGGGGGACCCAUAGUAGCCUUCUAUCGCUUCGCUUAUCAAGGAUCAGAGGUCAUGCACUUCCAGAACAAUUCAUGGUUGCCAUCUCCAAAGGGUGGAACAACAGCUCAGGAUAUGUGCAGAGUAUUCAAUCAACACCUGUUCAUCAAUAAUGUAGUACACAGGAUUCUCAGUGACACCUGCCCACGUUUCCUCUUGAGUAUUCUUGAUGCAGGGAAGGCAGAUCUCCAGAGACAAGUAAAACCAGAGGCCUGGCUGUCCACUGGCCCCAAUCCUGGUCCUGGCCAUCAGAUGCUGGUUUGCCAUGUCUCUGGCUUCCAUCCAAAGCCAAUUUGGGUAAAGUGGAUGCGAGGUGAACAGGUACAACAGGGCACUCAACAAAGUGGUAUCUUGCCCAAUGCUGAUGGGACAUGGUACCUUCAGGUUUUCUUGGAGGUGGAAGCCACUGAGACAUCUGGCCUGUAUUGCCGGGUGAGACAUAGCAGCCUAGGAGGCCAGGACAUCCUCCUCUACUUGGAACAUCAUCAUAACUCCAUGGGCUUGAUCAUCUUGGCAGUGAUGGUGCCCCUGGUGCUUCUGACAGCUCUUACAUUUUGGCUUAGGAAGCGCUGGUGA